UUGUGUGGAUCGGCGGAGAAGGGACUCCGGCGGGCCUCUGCGACAGAAGCCAUGGCGUUGGGGUCAAGUGUGGAGAGCAGGCGCCGUGGUGAGAUGGCCCGCGGACGCUGGAUGCAGAGGUUCUCCUGAGGAGCGUGUCGAAAAAUGUGAAAGCUCUAUGGAUGCAGGGUCCCGAUUUGCGGUGGGCAGCGAACGUGGUAGGGCGGAGAAGGUGCGGAGGAGCAUGCGAUAUGUGUGGCCGACGUCGCCGCAGGAGCUUUGAAUCGCGCAGCGCCGUCGAGGGCGAUGGAGGGCUUGGCGGGGACGAGGAGACGACAGCGAUGUGCGAAGGGCUGUGUCGCAAAACUGGCACGGCAGCAGUCGAGGGCGGAACGGUAGCGCUGCCGAAGGGGAAUUACGGGGGAUCGAUGAGGUUGGAGCGUGCUGCGGGAGCCAAGUGUCAUCCAUCUAUCUAUAUCUAUCUAUGCUACUCGUGCCCGACCGACACGCCAGCGCCGGGUGACUGUCUGUCCGCAGUCGGAUUUGCUACUGCUGUAGGGCAGUUGGCAUGCACCUCACCCUCACGGCAAACACUGGCGGCCAUGGCGACGCUUGCAUGCGUCCACCACCCCUGUCGUCGGCCAGCUGCAGGUCGAGACACUGAAACAUCGCUCGACCAUAAUAACCCACCGCUAAUAUCACUAUAACGCGAACUGUUUCUGCUGCGGGGGUCAGCGUAUAAUGCGGCUGAUAUGCCUAUCCUUACACCGCGUUCCCGUGAUGCGGAUGCGGUCAAGUCGCACAGAUUGGCAUACGGCACCAUCGCCAGACUUGCCUCUCUGGCAAACUCCCAUGCCCACUGUCAAACUCCCUCGGCUUUGCUUUUGCUAUCGGGCCCAGGGUCCAGGGUCCGCAGGAUUGGCUAGC